AGGACUUUUAUGAUGUUGAAAUAGGUAGGACAUGAUAUAAACAAAGAAGGUUCUUAGUUCAAGAGUCUAAUUAUAAAAGUAUAUUUCUAUUUAAUCCUUUCCAACAAUUUAAGGAACUAAGAAUAAUUAAUCUCAUAAAUGAUCCAAUAGAUGAUUUUCUCUUUAUUUUUUCCUUUCUUUUCUCUCUGUAGUUACCCUGGCUGGAUGCACAGCAGAGGAAAGCAUAAACAACUCUAAAUGUAUUUCAGCUUUAGGACAGAAGGUGCCCAUGCAAUAUCCUGUGUACUUAAGUGGGUCUGAGCUCUCAGGAAGGAUGCAGUUUUGCUGUGAAUCUGUAAAUGGCUCUUGCAUAAAGAGCAGCUGGUCAAACAGCAUUCGAAUUUCCAUGUAUAUCCUCAUGGUGUGCAUCAUUCUUGCCACUGUAGCUGGAAACCUGACUGUUAUCAUCUCAAUAUCACACUUUAAGCAGCUCCAUACACCUACGAAUUUCCUGAUCCUUUCCAUGGCCGCUGUUGAUUUCUUGUUGGGAUGUUUCAUCAUGCCUUACAGUAUGGUGCGCUCUGUUGAACACUGCUGGUACUUUGGAGAACUCUUCUGCAAAAUCCAUACUAGCACUGAUAUCAUGUUGAGUACAGCCUCCAUUUUCCAUCUCUCCUUCAUUUCUGUUGAUCGCUACUAUGCUGUGUGUGACCCACUGAGAUACAAAUCGAAGAUAAAUACUUUCAUCAUACUGGUCAUGAUCUUCAUUAGUUGGACCAUCCCUGCUAUUUUUGCCUUUGUUAUGAUCUUUCUGGAACUAAACGUAAGAGGAGCCGAAGAGAUUUUCUAUAAUCACAUCCAUUGCGUAGGAGGCUGCUUUGUCUUUUUUAGUGAAACAUCAGGUGUGAUAGCCUCCAUGUUUUCCUUCUACAUCCCUGGAUUUGUUAUGUUAUGUGUCUAUGGGAAAAUAUAUGCCAUAGCAAAGAGGCAGGCAAGAUCUAUUAAAGAUGCAAGUAGCCAAACUCAGAUCCGACUUGAAAUGAAGCACCACAUUUCACGAAGCAGAGAAAGAAAAGCUGCAAAGACCUUAGGCAUAGUGAUGGGAGUUUUUCUUUUAUGUUGGACUCCAUUUUUUUUCUGUACUGCCACCGAUCCCUUUAUGAAUUAUGUCACACCUCCUGUACUCAUAGAUGCAUUAGUUUGGUUUGGUUACUUGAAUUCUACAUUUAACCCAAUAGUUUAUGCCUUUUUUUACACGUGGUUUCGCAGGGCACUAAAAAUGAUUUUACUGGGUAAAAUUUUUCAACAGGACUCUUCCAGAACUCAAUUAUUUUUAGAGUAAUGCACUUAGAACUGUUGGACCAUUCUCUUUUGUUUGGAGAUUGUAUUUAUGAAAGCAAGAGCUAACGGUGAAGGAGUUGACAGAUGCUUGCUUACCCACUUGUCAAAUCUGUUCAGGCAGCUAACCAUAGUACCUUAAACCUUUGUCCCAGUACUGCCUGGAACUGCACCAAAUGAACCUUGGUUCUUUUGUUAUAUUCAUGAAAGACUGGUUUAAUAUUUACAGUGUGCUGAGCUUUAUACUAUACACUUUAGACAAAGUUUGCAAUGUAAAAGAACCUUAUAUCAGUGUAUGUGGAAGUAUAUCAUUCUGAUGCAAGAAAAAGUGGAACAAGAGAAACAAAUAAAUAAAAUAUUUAUUUGUUUAACUGAUACAAAUACAUUUUAAUAUCUGUAUGAAUCUUCUGCCCUCUAAGGAAUGUGCAAAAUGGGUUUCCUGUUGGAUCUACAAAUGGAUUUGAAGUGAUAACCUAAAACAGGAGUUGUCAACCAGGGGUAUGUGUAUCCCCAGGGGUACUUGAGAAGGCCAAAGGGUGUACAUGCAGGUGGGCAGGAAUGGAGCGCUACCACACAUCAUCCUAUGCUACCAUGCAGGUGCCGCCUGCCCGGCCAGACACAGAAAAUAGGAAAAGCUUGCACAUGGUGGCUGCUGCUGCUC